GGUGCGCACGGCGAUGGCGGGCGGGCUCGGCUCGGGCCCGCGCAUUCGUGAGGGGGAUUGCGCUGUCCUGAAGCGGGAUGAUGUUUUCAAAGCGGUUCCCGUGCUACGGCGGAGGCUAACUGGCAUAGCAAGAACUGCCUGCACCCCUGCAGGAAAUACUGUAAUCAGUGGACACAGCCUGGGCUCUUCCCAUUGCAGCAGACAAUUUUAUAGACCAAUGUGUAGAAGUCAGUAUUGGGUAAUGUGGCCAGACAUCUGAUUCAGUAGCGUGGAGAUUUAAAGAAAAAUAAUUUUUGAGAAGCAGUGGUUCUAUCUGGAUAAUGCCAUUGGACAUAUUUAUGGAACUACAUUUGAAGUAACCAGUGGUGGAAACCUUCAGCCAAAGCAAGAGUUGGAAGAGACUACCACAGGUAGUGCAGAGGAUUGGCUGGUAUUUGGAAAAAUGAGUUCCAAUUAAUUUGUUUCUUUGAUAAGACCACAGAUGAUGGAAAACCUUUCUAUUAAUCAUUUGUUAACAUUACUUAUAUUCUUUCUGUCAUAAAAGUGCAUGGUUUUGUCUUGAUCUGCUGUUUCACUAGUCGUGUAACAAUAAGCUUUUUAACAGGGGAGAAAAUCUGAACCUUAGUUUGGGUGAAUAUCUAUAUGCUAAGGUGUAUUUUAUGUAUCAUUUCAUUGAUUGCCUAGGCAAUACUUUGCAAGGCCAUGAAGCAUGUGGGUUUAAUCCUGAGAAGUCUGCUUUCUGUGAAAUUAAAAUCAUAUGUUUCUCCAACUUCAAGAUAUUUAGAGUUAGAUUUUACAAAUAUAUAUUCUUUUCCUUUAGAAACAAAAGAAGCAGGUACAGAUAAUCGUAACAUAGUUGACGAUGGAAAGUCUCAAAAACUGACUCAUGAUGACAUAAAGGCUUUGAAGGACAAGGGUAUUAAAGGACAGGAAAUAGUUCAACAGUUAAUAGAGAACAGUACAACAUUCAGAGACAAAACAGAAUUUGCUCAAGAUAAAUACAUAAAGAAGAAGAAAAAGAAAUAUGAGGCAGUUAUUACAAUUGUGAGACCGUCCACUCGCAUUCUUUCAACAAUGUAUUAUGCAAGGGAACCUGGAAAAAUCAACCACUUGCGAUAUGACACCCUAGCUCAGAUGUUGACUUUAGGAAACAUCCGUGCUGGCAACAAGAUGAUUGUAAUGGAAACAUGUGCAGGCCUUGUGCUGGGCGCGGUGAUGGAGCGAAUGGGAGGCUACGGAUCCAUUAUUCAGAUGUAUCCAGGAGGGGGACCUGUUAGAGCUGCUACCAGUUGUUUUGGAUUUCCAAAACCUUUUUUCGAUAAUCUUCAUGAAUUUCCUCUCAGCAAAGUGGAUAGUCUCCUCUCUGGGACAUUUUCUACAGAGACUCUGCCUUCAGAACCUGAAGAUAACACGCUAGUGGAACAAGAAAGCAAUGGAUUGGGUGAUGAGAAGCAGACUUCCCUACAGGAAACAGAAGAGGAAUCUGCUACUGAAGCACCUAUGGAGAUCAACCAAACAGAAGAGCAAGAAACGAUGGACAUUAAUGCUGAAGAUGUAGACUUUAAAGAGAACAAAGAAAAAGAAAAGGAAAAUGUUCGGGAAAAGCAAAGAAAACAAUGGGAGAGAAGGAAAAAGCUAAUAGAAACUGCUGCUUUGUUGAGAGAGAAGAAUGCUGAUGGAUUUUCCAAGCUUAAAGAGUAUGUGAACAUACAGAAAAAAACCCAAAAUUGCAUUCACCACCCAGAAUGUAUCUUUGUAUCCAAAGAUGGAUCACAAGUUCAAGUACAUUAAAGGCCUGGCGAUGAAAAA